ACAAAGGUUGGAGAUGAGCCAGCUGCCACUACCCAUCAGGAAUGUGACAGUGUAUCAAAUUCAUGUCCUCAGAAUCCUGUGGAAGAGUCUGUACAGAAGGAUUUUAUCCCUCACACUUCUAAAGACAAUUUAUCUCGUGAGGAAAUGUCACCCUGCACAGAGAUUUCAACUGAUCCUGCACAUGAAACAUCUGGUCUUCGUGUUGAAUGUGAAGGAGAAUUAAUCCAAGAAGAGAGUACAAAUGUAAAUGAAAAAAUAAUUAUUGGACAAAUUUCAAAGGAUACGGCUUCCCACUCUGCUGCUGAAAAAUCAGAAAAUGUUGACAUUUGUCAAAAGCAUUCCAAAGAUGAAACAAUAGAUCACAUUGAGGAUGCGAAAGUAAGAGAAAGUGAGGAAACUAUAUCAGUAAAAAAUGGAAAUGGGCUAGAAAUAGCAGCUGAAAAUGUAGCUAGUGAGUACUUAACUGGAGUCCAUGAUAUAUCAGCUGAUGUGGGCAUUCAAUCAGAAUGUGCUGAAAAGCCAACUAAAAUAGAAUUACCAUUGACUAAUGGCACCGAUUGUCAGCAAAUGGUAGAAGGUGAUGCUAUGGAGACAUGUAAUUUAACAGAUACGCACACAGAACAGAGAAAAUCACACCAGGGAAAUAUAGUGAAUGAUAUACAGUCAGAACAAAUAGUGAAGAAGGCCAGCAUAUUGGAAAAUGAAACUGCAAGUGAUUAUGUGUCUCAUGGAGACCAAGUAAAUAAUGAUUCGAGAAAGCGGAAACUGUCUUCAUCACCAGAAGAUGAGCCCAUUUUGAAAGAGGAUUGCAGUCGUCAAUUCAAAGGCUUUAAGAAACGUAUACUAGCACAAGCUUCCUUGGAAGUAGCUGAUGAACAGAUGCACCACCAGCAACAGACACUACCAAAGCCUGAAGAGCUGCAGCCAGACUUGGUAGAUUCGUUUAGCACUCCACUCACAGAGUACGCACAAUAUCUUGGAUUGCAGCCAAUUGUAAAGUUCAAAUGUUAUCUCUGUGGAGAAACUGGCUUUCCAUCGAUCUUGUCGUUACAGGAGCACCAGUGUAGCUGUCUAAAGACCUCAGGAACAAGACCAGUCCUCCAGCAGCCUGCAGUACCAGACAUGGUAACUGCAGAAGGGGAGUGUCCUACUGUUGGAAUGGCAGCAGCUACAGCUGCAGACCCAGCUGAUGUUUCUGGAACACCUUCAACAAACUUUAGAAUCUCACGCAAAGUGUAUCUCUGCUCUGUCUGUGGUACAUACUAUGAAAAUUGGAAUCUUUUUCUUCAUAUGAAGGAGAUGCACCGGCGAUUCAUCUGCCUUUUCUGCUUGGCAAUGUUUACUGACGCUGGAAUGUUGGCCACCCAUCUCUCUGGAGAGCAUUCAGUGACUGAUCGCUUGUAUGACACACAGGAAGGUUUUCGUGCAGAAAUCGCAGAUGAAGCAUGCUUUCUUGUCUGUUGUGAUUGUGAAAGAAUUUUUGCUCAUACUGAUAAUUUCUAUGAGCAUGUUUGCCCGACACCACCAUCUGUUGAAAAACACCUGCAGCACCAGCAACCACAAGACCCAAAACAGCUGCAGAAGCAUCGGCGACAACAACAAAAACAGAAGCAACUUGAACAAAGUAACCAGCAUAUACAAGGAAUGUGUUCUCUGUGUGGAUUACGUGGAGCUCACUUUCCAACAUGCCGCCGGGCUUCAUCCAACAGUAAUGCCCUUACUACUCUUGUGGAUGGUUCUGGGGCUGUUACGGAACUAUCACCUCUAGAUGGUGAGCAUCAGUCAGAGAGACAACCAGUUACAAAGACAGACACAAUAAGGAAACGCUCUGGGAAGGGGAAAGUUACUUCAAAGACACUUCCAAGUGGAGACGUUGAAGCGGAAGCAGAUGGAGAUGAAGAUUAUGAUAUUAGUCAUGCAGCAAGUUUCUGUCAGAUCAACAUUCAUGAAACACCAGCAGAUAAACCUAAAGCUUCUGACCAAAGCUCAUCAUUGACACCAGUGCCAAAGAUGACACUUAAGACAAAAAAUAUAACCACAGCUGUUCUUUCAAAUAACAGUGUCACAAAGAAAAAUUUUGUGUCUGUGGUGAAGCAAGAAUCUGAUACAUCUGGAAUUCACCAUAAAUUAGAAGAGACUCCUGCUGUACCAGAGUCCCAAAGACCAAAAAAGACUACAGAAUCUACAACAGUGGCAAACAUCAAGUCAGGAAAGCGUGGUGCGUCCUGUUCACCUGUGCCUACAUCUGAAGGGAAGAAACCGAAAUUCGAUCAGUUAAAAGAUCAAAUAAAGGAACCUGAUGAAGGCACUGAGGAACCUCGAGUCCAAACUUCGAGUCCAGUCCCAGAGUCAGAUAGCUCAAGCAGCCACAGCCAAGACUCUGAUCGUUUGCACAUAAAUACACAGGAAUCAGAAAGUGUUGACGGGCAAAGUUGUGCAGAUGAAGAUGAUGCAGCAAUGAAAGAUGCAGCAAAGGACCCUGAAGCCACUGAUGCAGAUAGAACAGAAGAAAAUUCAUCUUCUGAGAAACAGCUGACACCUGCAACUACAAAAACUGAACAUCCAAGGCAUAGAAUUUCUGAAUCUGACUCUGAAUCUUCAGGAUCACCAAAUGACAUUCCGAGCCACAAGAGUGAAGACUCAAGUUCCAGUUCAGAUGCAGAAGGGGUGUCUUCGAGUGAAGAAAGAAAACAAGACAUACCUCCAGAAGCUGAAACCAAGCAGAAAUCUGAAGAUAUGUCAGAUGAUGGGGGAGGAACGGCCGAAGAACCUGAGUCAGGUGGUGAGGAAAGUAGUAAAGAUUCACCUGCACUUGUUGUAGAUGAAGCAGCUGCUGAUGGUAAGAAGGAUAGUGGGAGUGGAACUAGUCAGCCCACCACAAUAGCUGAAGGUGGUGAAAUUCAGGUAGCUGGAGAUGAUGUCCCUGCUCUUGAGCUAACCCUGGAAGAACAACCUGAAGCUAUGACCUUACAAGCACUUGUGAAAGAAUGUGUGAGAGUGUCCUGCAACUCCUGUGUGUUCUGCAAUCAUGCAAAGAAAAUUGCAGUAAAUGGUUCACAACUCGCUCUCCAUUUACUUGCUGAGCACCGUUUUGAGCCAGUUGUUUGUACAGAUACAGCUGACCUGAAACCAGUACCUGCUGAUGGAUUCACAGCAAGGCUUAAAGAGGCUGUGCAUAAUCUCCAUGAAGCAUUCUUCAACACUGAUUCAUAUGAUAGUACAGCUGAACCGUCAGAAGCAUCAACUGCUGAGCAGGGUGAUAGUUCUCAUGUUUAUGACCGUAGCUAUGAGUGUUUCCACUGUCAUUUUGUUACAACAUUACACAAAGAGUUAUAUGUCCAUAAUCGUAAAAUGCAUCAAAAAACAAUAUUGCUUUGUGUUAUGUGCAAAUCAAACUUCUAUAGCUACAGUGAACUAUUGUGCCACAUAUGCCCCGGUUUAUAUGCACCUGAUGCUGAUAUCUCAUUCCGCUGCUGUCUUUGCUCAGUAGACAAAUUACCUUCAGCUUUUCGAUUGAUGGUGCAUCUUCGGAAGCGUCAUCAUGCGUGUGAUGUCUGUUUGGAGGCGACAGGUGACCAACAACGUCUCUCAAACCACGUUUGGAAACACAAGCUUCACCACUUGUGCUAUAGGUGUGGAAUUGCAUAUAGAAAUAAACCUGAUAUCACCAAGCAUCUAUUUUGGAAGCAUGGUACUGAGAGUGUGCUUUGCAAGAAGUGCUUGCAAAAAAAAUGGCCUCAUGUAUACCAUUUCUGCAUUCCUCCAACAGCAUUUAACUGUGAAGAAUGUGGUACUAGCUUUGCGCGAGCAGUUGCACUGAAGGUACAUCGUCGUCUGCAUUCUGGUGAUCGCCCUUAUACUUGUGAAGACUGUUCGGAUUCUUUUAUUUCACGCAAAUUACUGGCUCGACACCGGCGUUUAAAACAUGCACCACCUGAACCGUUACUUCCACUGCCAUCAUCACUGGAGAAUAAUGCUAUUACACACAGUGAGCGAGAAUUUCCAGCUACAUUAGAUGCAGAGGACAGCUCCAUUAGAGAUGCUGAAACAGAUAAAAUUCAGUCAUCAUUGGAAAACAAAACGUCAGUUAAUUUAGAUAAAAGAACUGAUAACCAAAUGUCUGGCCCUGGAGAAAAAGAAAGUGAUGUUGCAGUAAAGAAAAACAAGGUUAUGGAUGUAUAUGAUCUUCCGCCAUUGAAUCUCUCUUCAGACAGUGAUGAUUCAGAUGAACCAAAUACCAAAGAUAGUAAAACUGUGACGCCUCCUCCUGCUGCUGUUUCUACUCCAGAGGUGAAAGAUUCUGAAACAGAAGUAAAACCUGAGCCACCAGUUUCUGACAAUGUUGUGGGUGAAGAGGAGGAACCAGCCCCUGUGCAAAUAAUUGAUGGUAUCUGGGAUAAUUUUAAAAACUACAAAGCAAGUCUCGAGCGCAAAGAACAAGAAGCAGCAGCUGUUGCGACGGGGUCAUACAGCACUUCGCAUGCCAUUGAAGUAAUUAUGUCAGAUCAUGACUAUUGUGUGGUUAGCAAGCCCAGUAACUUAGGAAGUGUAGAUGAUAUUGGGUCUGUUGAUGAUGCAUCUAUUGGUGGUUUAGCAAGUGCAGAAGGACCCAAUGUGAGUGAUAAGACAAUGGAGGGAGAUAAAGAUUCAGGAUCGAAUACAGACAGUUCACCUGAAACUAUGGAAGCCACAGACAACGGAAAUAGAUCAAAGGUUGUAGCGGCUGACAGUGGAUCUGCAGUGCCCACUAAUGUUGGAAGAUUAAGAGUAUUAGCAGGCACUGAGAAAACAUUAACUCAGUUAUCAGACACAGGAAGGUUACCUGGAGGGACAACAGAGGCCACCUUGUCAGUUGCAUCCGGAACCCCACCUCAACCCAGCAACCCAUCUACCACUGCAUCCUCUAAGAAGCGGACAAAACAGGCACGUAAGCGGCAGAAACGUGAAGGGGCUAGUUCGUCGUCUAGUUCCUCCAGUAGUGAUAGUGAUUCAUCUAGCUGUAGUUGUGGAACAAACUGUAGUUGUAGCAGCAGCAGUUCAAGCAGCUCAGGUUCUUCUUCAAGCAGUUCAGACUCGGAUAGUUCGACAUCAGAAGGACGCAGACGUCAGGCUGCGAGACGAGAGAGGCGGCGUGAGAGGGCACGGAAGAAAGCUGCUGCUGCUACUGCUGCUGCUGCUGCAGCAGCUGCAGCUACAGCUGCAACAGCAGCAGCCACUGUGGCUGCUACUUCUGGUGAAGCAACAGCUGAAGUGAGCAGAACCCCAACUGCAAAUUCUGUACCAGUUGCACCAUGUGACACAGAACGAGAACAUGCAGAUGGCGUAAUUCAUGAGUCUGAUCUCGACACGGAUGAGACUGAGACAGAUGAGGAUUUCUACGACCAGCAUCCUCAGCGACAAGCCAAUAGACUACUUGCUGAGAAAAGAAACCGCUUGAUGUUACUGGCAGCUGUUGCUCCAGCCAGCAAUGGAACUGCUCAGUUGGCACAACAACUACAAGAACUGAAUCAGCAACAGCAGCAGCAUCAGCAUCAAGAACAGCAUCAGUACCAGAGGCAAGAAGAGGUACAGCAGCAGCAGCAACACCACCACCACCAUCACCACCACCACCAACAACAACAAGAUGACCAACAGCAGAUACAGCAAGUGCCACCACAGCAGACAUUGCAACAGAUGCAGCCACAACAACAUGUAAGAAUAGGAUCUGGUACUGUUUCAGGAGAUUCAAGGAAAGUCAGGACCAGGAAAAGGAAGCGUGCUGUGCUUGCAGAUGCGAGAACAGGGUCAACGUCUUUAGCUGCCAGUUCAGAGAUGGCUGUGCGACCUUUGGGUACAUUGCCAUCGACCACAUAUCGGGACUCAUCUGGUGUUGUCACUCAGACUCCUAUAUCUGAAAGCACUUCUGUAACGUCUACAACUUCUGCAGUUCGGACAACUGGAGGCAGUGGUUCAGAGGGUGAAAAUAAAAGACUGUCAAAGAGGCGACGUGUACCAAAGCGCUUCUAUGGAGAUUCUAGUGAUGAGGACGGGGAGACACCUGUGACACCACAACCAAAAUGGCGUAAGACUGGUAGUGGUGGUGGUGGUGGUGGUAGCAGUGCAUCUGUUGUUUCCGUUGGUGCCCCACAUACGCCAUCUCAUGUACCUGAACCACCGCAUCUUCCAAUCAGACAACAGGUAACAUUACCAUCAGCAGCUGCCCUUUUGUCUUCUGCUCGAAGUGUUGCUGCAGGAAGACGACCUGUCGAGACAAUGGGUCACAGUACCUCAUCAAGCUCCUCUUCAUCUUCAGGAAGUGACGAUGCAGACUCCAAUUAUGAGAGUGCUUCAGAUGGUGGAGGUGGAGGUGGUGGUGGAGGGGGUGGCAGUGGCAGUGCAGUUGGUGCUGGUGUAGGUAGUGUGACAGUUGCAAGAACAGGUGGCACUGCAGGAGCAGAGGUGGAAAACUCAGGAAAUAAGAGUGAGAACUUAUACUGUUAUUGUCAGUGUCCGUAUGAUGAGGUUUCUGAAAUGAUUGCUUGUGAUGGCAAAGACUGUCAAAUUGAAUGGUUUCACUUUGAGUGUGUGGGAAUUAUGGUACCACCUAAAGGAAAAUGGUUUUGCCCUGACUGUCGUAAGAAAUCAUCUGCCUCAAGAAGUGGUGAAUACUUGCUGCAUGCGUAGGUUGUGUGUGACAACUGAUAAAGAUUGCUUGUCUUAGAUUUGCCUGAAGUGGACCAAUUCGGGCAAGCUAAUAUUGUUGUGCAUCUGAUUUAUAUAGACUGUGUGUGUGUGUGUGUGUGUGUGUGUGUGUGUGUGUGUGUGUGUGUGUGUGUGUGUGUGUUUUGUAUUGUAUUGUAUUGAAUGUAUGUAGUCAUGAGUGGGUGUUUUUCAGCUGGAAUUUGAUGAUGCAUUUUCCAGAAAGUGGAUGGAAGUCCAAAAAGUUUUGUUAUAUACAGUAGUGUCUCAGCUAUCUGUCAUCUUGUAAAUAAUUUUAGUGUUUCUAUGUCGGAUCAAAUUUUGUUUGUUUCUUUUUUGUCCUGUCUUCAUCAAAUGUUGCAGUAUUCAGUGAGUUAAAAUGAAAUUUACAGGAAUGUGUAUAUUUUAUUGAAAUGAUAAUUAAGGAUCUGACAAAUUUCCUCGUAUAUUGAGAUCAGCGUUUUUCCACUGUGUUAAGAGAAAGGAUGAAUUCAUUGUGAUAUUAUGUAUGUUCAUGUGAACACUAUUUAAAUAAUAUAAAACAUGCUUUACUGUUAACUGUGUGUAUACAAGUAUUUUUAUUUUAAAUAUUAGUCAGAAAACUUUUAUUAGUUAAGCAAGAAACUAUGCCAGAAAAUAUGAUAUGUAGAAAACACUGUACAUAUUGAAUACUUAAAUACCAUUAAUGUUGAUGUAGGUAAUAAAAAUGGUAUAUUGUAAACAUUUUAAUUAUACUGUUUAAA